GCAGUUUCUAAUUUCUCUCUCUUUGUGUGUUGCAGAGGGGCUGGCGAUUGGAAUCAGUUCGUCUUUGGAGUUUCUGGUGCUUAUGCAUGGUGGAUGCAACACUGCUGUGCAAUCUUAGAUGCGAUUGAAGGGCUCAGUAGCCACAACCUGGCGACUCGGUUAUCAUCGAUGGUCAUCCUCCUGGAAUCGAACAGAAUAAUCUAUUUUCUUCCAUACAUCCCAGCGUUAUUCGUCAUCUCGAUGGGUUUAUGCGCCUCCCUUCCUCGAAUGGGGGGUGACACUAUGUAGAAUGUGUAUUGUCAUUUCUGGUAUUUUGGUAAACGGGUUACAUUUGCAAACUAUGUACAUAUUCUUUGUUCAGUUAUUGCUUUUUCGAUUAUUCUGAUGGAAUUCCUUAUAAACAUUUGUGUUGACCACAAAACUAGAUUGUGUGGUUAAUUUUUAAAAUAUAUGUUACACCAGAUUUGUAACCUUUCCUACAACCUGAUCCCAAAAUAUAAUAUCAGAUUAUGUCCCGUUUUGAUUCUGGA